AUGCCAACUUGUGCUGUGGAAGGAUGUGUUAAUAGGACUGGAAGUAAAGAUAUCGGUUUCCACCGAUUUCCUAAAACACACCUAUUAAAUGAGUGGAUAAAAUUAACACGUUUAGGAUCAGAAAUUUCUUUAGAGCAUGCAAGAGUAUGUUCGAUACAUUUUUUGCCUACUGACUUUGUUCCUGGGAAAAAAAAGACUCUAAAAAAAAAUGUAGUACCAACAAAAUACUUGCCAGUUUUAGUAGUUUGUUUGCCUAAAAACAACUAUAGGAGAAAAAGCAAUAAUAAUAAUAAACCUAGUCCAAAAACUAUUAAGUUUACAGUAACAGAGGAUACAAUUUGUGAAAUUAAGAGUAACAGUGUUAAUAAAAAAAAUUUGCCCAAACCCUUACCACAAAGACCAAAGUCAGCAUUUAGUCCAAGCAUAAAAAACUUUGUAGUGAUUGAUAUGCAUGAUUCUAAUGACAAUAAUCUUUUGAAAAGUCCCAACAAAACAGAUUGUUCUCUCAAUUUACACCAACUUUAA